UCUCUAACUCGCGGAGAGUUUUUUUUUCUUUUCCCGAGACGUAGUGAAGGGCUGAAACGCGGUUUCCAACCUGAAGGGAGCUAAGGGUUGGGGCGGCGGCGGAGAUGGAACGCGGCACGGAAGGCCGCACGGCCAGCGCGCUCUUCGCGGGGUUCCGGGCCUUGGGGCUGUUUAGCAAUGAUAUCCCACACGUGGUGCGGUUCAGCGCGCUGAAGCGCCAGUUCUAUGUAACGACCUGCGUGGGCAAGAGCUUCCACACCUAUGACGUUCAGAAACUUAGUCUGGUUGCAAUAAGUAAUUCUGUUCCACAGGAUAUCUGCUGUAUGGCAGCUGAUGGAAGGCUAGUCUUUGCUGCUUAUGGGAAUGUUUUCUCUGCAUUUGCUCGUAAUAAGGAGGUAGUACAUACCUUUAAGGGUCAUAAGGCAGAAAUCCAACUUUUGCAACCCUUUGGGGAUCACAUUAUCUCUGUUGAUACUGACAGUAUUCUUAUUAUUUGGCACAUAUAUUCAGAAGAGGAAUACCUACAGUUGACAUUUGAUAAAUCAGUUUUCAAAAUUUCUACAAUUUUGCAUCCAAGUACCUAUUUGAAUAAAAUACUUCUGGGCAGUGAACAAGGAAGCCUGCAGUUGUGGAAUGUUAAAUCAAAUAAACUUCUGUAUACAUUUCCAGGAUGGAAAGUUGGAGUUACAGCUCUUCAGCAGGCACCAGCUGUGGAUGUUGUUGCCGUUGGUCUUAUGUCAGGUCAGGUCAUCAUUCACAACAUUAAAUUUGAUGAAACACUAAUGAAGUUUCAUCAAGACUGGGGACCCAUUACUUCAAUUUCAUUUCGCACAGAUGGUCAUCCAAUAAUGGCUGCUGGAAGCCCAUGUGGCCAUAUUGGACUCUGGGAUCUAGAAGAUAAAAAAUUGAUCAAUCAGAUGAGAAAUGCACAUUCUACAGCAAUUGCUGGGCUGACUUUUCUCCACAGAGAGCCACUUCUCAUCACAAAUGGUGCUGAUAACGCUGUCAGGAUAUGGAUAUUUGAUGGGCCUACCGGUGAAGGCCGACUUUUGAGAUUCAGAAUGGGACAUAGUGCCCCUCUUACCAGUAUCAGAUAUUAUGGACAAAACGGACAACAAAUCCUGAGUGCAAGCCAAGAUGGAACUCUUCAGUCAUUUUCCACAGUACAUGAAAAAUUCAACAAGAGCUUGGGACAUGGAUUAAUAAAUAAAAAGAGAGUCAAGCGUAAAGGACUUCAAAAUACCAUGUCAGUAAAACUUCCACCUAUUACAAAGUUUGCAGCUGAGGCAGCUCGUGAGAGUGACUGGGAUGGUAUCAUUGCUUGCCAUCUGGGUAAACUAUCCUGUUCAACAUGGAAUUAUCAGAGGUCUACAAUAGGCUCUUACUUUCUCAGGCCAAAAGAAUUGAAGACAGAUGACAUCACUGCAACAGCAGUGGAUAUAACUUCUUGUGGAAACUUUGCUAUAAUUGGCCUCUCAUCAGGAACUGUGGAUGUGUAUAACAUGCAGUCUGGUAUACAUCGAGGAAGUUUUGGCAAGGAUCAAGCUCAUAAGGGGUCUGUUAGAGGUGUUGCAGUGGAUGGAUUGAACCAGUUAACCAUUACAACUGGUAGUGAAGGAUUACUCAAAUUCUGGAACUUUAAAAACAAAUGUUUAAUCCAUUCUAUGAACCUUGAGUCAUCUCCAAAUACGAUGCUGCUGCACAGGGACAGUGGCAUUUUGGGACUCGCCUUGGAUGACUUCUCCAUUAAUGUGCUGGACAUAGAAACUAAGAAGGUUGUCAGACAGUUUGCUGGACACCAAGGCCAAAUAAAUGACAUGACUUUCAGUCCUGAUGGCCGAUGGUUAAUAAGUGCUGCAAUGGAUUGCUCUAUUAGGAUUUGGGACCUUCCAUCUGGGUGCCUUAUAGACUGCUUUUUGUUGGACUCAGCUCCUCUCAAUGUUACUAUGUCCCCUACUGGAGACUUUCUAGCGACUUCCCAUGUGGACCACCUUGGAAUUUAUCUAUGGUCCAAUAUUUCCCUGUAUUCAGUCGUCUCAUUACGACCACUUCCUACAGAUUAUGUUCCAUCAGUAGUUAUGCUUCCUGGUACUUGUCAUACCCAAGAUAUGGAAUUAUCAGAAGAAAAUGUAGAGCCAAGUGAUGAAAUGAUAGAGUAUAAUUCACCAGAACAGUUGAGUGAGCAAUUAGUCACACUGUCACUUCUCCCCGAAUCACGGUGGAAAAACCUUCUGAAUCUUGAUAUUAUUAAGAAAAAGAAUAAACCAAAGGAACCACCCAAAGUACCCAAGUCAGCACCAUUUUUUAUUCCAACAGUUCCUGGCCUUAUACCUAGAUAUGCGGCACCUGAACAAAAUAAUGAUCCCCAGCAGUCUAAGGUAGUAAACCUGGGUGUUUUGGCUCAAAAAUCAGAUUUCUGUUUGAAACUUGAAGAAGGAUUGCUAAGUAAUAAGUAUGAAAUUGCUCUGAACCUUCUAAAAGAAUUAGGACCCUCAGGAAUUGAAACAGAACUGCGAAAUUUGUCUCCUGAUGGUGGUGGGUCUAUGGAAGUAAUGCAGAGUUUCUUGAAAAUGAUUGGAAUGAUGUUGGAAAGGAAGCGUGAUUUUGAGUUAGCACAGGCAUACCUUGCAUUAUUUCUAAAGUUGCAUCUUAGAAUGCUUACUUCAGAACCAAUACUCCUAGAAGAAAUGACAAAAUUAUUAUCACAAGUGGAAGAAAAUUGGAUUCAUUUACAGUCACUCUUCAAUCAAAGCAUGUGUGUUCUAAAUUAUAUCAAAAGUGCUUUGUUAUAAACUUAAGUGAGUAAAGCAUUCAAAAA